CGUCGUCAUCGUCGUCGGGAACAAAAUCCAAACAAAAUGUUUAUAAUAAAAAUGAAAAAAAUAAAAAUAAUGAAAAUAUUGAAAAACGAAAAUCAUCAUCAACAACAACAACACGAUCAUCACAUCGUGUACCGAAACCUGAAUUUAUGACCCGAAUUAUUGUACGACAAUUACCACCAACAAUGAAUGAAGAACAAUUUUUAGAAGUUGUCUCGCCAUUACCAUCAAAUCAAGAAUUUUAUUAUGUUAUGGGUGAUCUAAAUCUGGGUGAAUUUGCUUAUUCACGUGCCUAUAUAAAAUUCAAUAAUAUUGAUGAUAUGUUAAUGUUUACACAAAAAUAUGAUGAUUAUAUAUUUAUCGAUUCGAAAGGUAAUGAAUAUCCAGCAUUGGUUGAAUAUGCACCGAUACAAAAACUACCUAGACGUUUGAAUUCAAUGAAUGUAAAAAAAGAUACCAAAGUAAAUACAAUUGAAAAUGAUCCAGAUUUUUUAGCAUUCAAAGAAUUUAUCGAGAAUGGUGGUAUAUCAUCAUCGACACAACAACAAACAAAUUCCGAACAAAUAUUGGAAGAAAUUGAAAAUAAAGAUUCACAAUCAAAAGAUAAUAAAGAUACUGAUCAUCAUCCGAUACCACCAUUGGUUGAAUAUCUGAAUAAAAAACGUUUAGAAAAAAUUAAAAUAAAAGAUGAAAAGAAACGACGAAAAGAAGAAAUGAAAAAAAAGAAAAAAGAAGAGAUACGUACGAAAAAAUUGGAAAAGAAAAAAGAAAAACCACAACAACAACAACAACAACCGACGAAAAUAAUGGAAAAACCGAUUGGUGGUAAUCGAUUAACGGAACAAACGAAAAAAGAUUAUCAAUCAGAUAAUAAAAUUGAUCGAAAAACUGUCGUAAUAGUCAGUGGCGCUAAUAGUAAAAAUAGUGGUAAUAAUCGAGGAGGAGGUAGUGGUAUAAAUAAUGAAAGACGGAAACGUCAAGAAAAGCAACAACAACAACAACGAUUGCCACCCCCACAAGAAUCAUCAUCAAUUUCGAAUGCAAGCGGAAAAUUGGAUUCGAAAAAAUUAUUGUCAUCAGCAUCAUCAUCAGCUAACAACAACGAAAUAAUGGAUGUUCCGAAUUCGAAUCUAAAAAAUGAUGGUGAUAAUCAUAAUCAUAAUUAUCAUCAUCGACAACAACAACCGAAACAAAUGAAAAAUCCAAAAGAAAAGUUUAAUGAUAAUAAUAAUGGUGGUGGUAAUAGUAGAAAAGAUGAUCGUCAAAGAAUUCGUAAUAAAGAUCGACCAGCAUUGGAAAUAUAUCGACCUGGAGUUGCACGGCAAAAAUCUUCACCAACAUCAUCAUCUAAUCAACAAAAUACAGAUUAUGAUGACAAUGAUGGUAAUCAGUAUAAAUCACCACCAAAAGAAUCAACAUCAAUAUCGAAAUCGGGAACAUCAACAACAACAAAUCAGAACUAUGGCGGUGGCGAUAAACCGAAAUACAAAUAUCGGGUAUUUACUCGAACAAAAAUUAAUAAACCAAAUUAAAUUAUAAACUCUUGGACACGAUAAUCAUCAAUAUUUUUAAUUUUGAUUCAAAUUUAAUAAGCGAAAAAAACAA